UUCAAGAUGUUGCGUGUAUCAGCAAUCGUUCUUUUCUCACUCUUUAUUAUUGAAAACGUGUGUGCUAAUGCUUGCGGACCUGAAAACUGUGAAACAACAAUUGACAUACCGUUGAUAACCAAACUCAAUGCACCCCUUAAGGCAGAGUUAGAUAUUACAAGUCUGACUUCACAACUUAAGGAACUUAUUGGAAAAGAAGUGAAACAAGCAGUUUUUAAUGCAGUGAAUGACCUUGUGGAAAAUAUUACUGAUAUGAGAUUUCAAAUUGCUGUGGAUAGAUUGCAGAAUUCUAGUAAUGAAAUGGAAGUUGCAUUGACCACAUGCGUUUCCUCUAAUAUUCAAACGUCAGGGACAGCAGUACUUACGUUUUUUGCAGGAAUAAACAGUUUAGCAAUUUUCAAGACCACAGGACUUUUUCUUUCUGAACAAUCAGGACUCUACUUUAUUUCAGUGACUAUUGACUCGCACACACCCAGCGGAAGUUUCUCCAUCUAUCACAAUAGCGCUAUCGUCAUAAAUGCAUACGUGUAUGACAAAGCAUCUGGAAGCAAUGAGGCAGAUCAUAGCAGUACAGCAGUAUCAGCAGUUUUCUUGAAUGAAGAUGAUACUUUAAGUGUCAAAACAGUUGGUUCAUUAUUUGUGCAUUCAAUUUAUUCAUGCAUGACAAUAAUAAAAAUCAAAUGA